GAAGAGGAGUGAUGAGGAGGAGCAGCUGUCCUGCUGUGCUUUGUGUCAGGACGUCCUGAAGGAUCCCGUCUCUACCAGCUGUGGACACUGGUUCUGCAGACGCUGCAUCAGCUCAUACUGGGACCAGUCUGCUUCACCAGGAGACUCUUCCUGUCCCCAGUGUGGACAAAGAUCCAGAACCAUGGCUGGUGGUCUGCAGGAGGUUUUAGAUGAAUAUAAGAUCAGUCUGAGGAGGAGAUGUGAACAUGUGACUGAAGGAAGUGAUGCAACAGGAAGUGGAACCCUCCUCAACAGGAUCUACACUGAGCUCUACAUCAUAGAGGGACAGAGUGAAGAGGUUAAUACCCAACAUGAGGAGAGGGAGCUGGAGACGGCUUCCAAGAAGAAGACCGUCCACGACGCUCCAAUCAAGUGCCAGGACAUCUUUAAAGCCUUACCUGACCAACAGGGAAACAUCAGAGUGGUUCUGACCAACGGCGUCGCUGGCGUUGGAAAAACCUUCUCGGUGCAGAAGUUCAGUCUGGACUGGGCAGAGGGUUUGGAGAACCAAGAUGUCAGUGUGGUGAUUCCGCUUUCCUUCAGGGAGCUGAACUUGAUCAGUGAUGAGCAGUACAGUCUUCUGGAGCUGCUCCAUGUUUUCCAUCCAACAUUACAGAAGGUCCCAGCAGAGAAGCUCGCCGUCUGUAAGCUUCUGUUCAUCUUUGACGGCCUGGAUGAAAGCAGACUUUCUCUGGAUUUCACCAACAAGGAGGUUGUGUCUGAUGUCACACAGAAGUCAUCGGUCAACGUGCUGCUGACAAACCUCAUCGAGGGGAAUCUGCUUCCCUCGGCUCUCGUCUGGAUAACUUCCCGACCCGCGGCGGCCAAUCAGAUCCCUCCUGCGAGUGUCGAUAGGGUGACAGAAGUACGAGGCUUCACUGACGCCCAGAAGGAGGAGUACUUCAGGAGGAGGGUCAUUGAUGAAGAGCGCUCCAGCACAAUCAUCUCACACAUCCAGACAUCCAGGAGCCUCCACAUCAUGUGUCUGAUCCCAGUCUUCUGCUGGAUCACUGCUACAGUUCUGGACCACAUGUUGACUACAGAGCAGAGAGGAGAGCUGCCCAAGACCCUGACUGACCUUUACUCACACUUCCUGCUGGUUCAGACCAAGAAGAAGAAGCAGAAGUAUGAUGAGGGACAUGAGACGAGUCCACAGGAGCUGAUGGAGGCUGACAGAGAAGUUCUUCUGAAGCUGGGGAGGCUGGCGUUUGAACAGCUGCAGAAAGGAAACAUCAUGUUCUACCAAGAAGACCUGGAGUGCUGUGGUCUGGAUGUCACAGAGGCCUCGGUGUACUCAGGAGUUUGUACAGAGAUCUUCAAAAGAGAGAGUGUGAUCUUCCAGAAAACAGUCUACUGCUUCGUUCAUCUGAGUGUUCAGGAGUUUCUGGCUGCAGUCUACAUGUUCCACUGUUACACCACCAGGAACACAGAGGUACUGGAUGCUUUUCUGGGGACAGACUGGGACAAUAGGGGGUCAUCUCUGGAUGACUUCCUGAAGAAAGCCAUGGAGAAAUCCCUUGAAAGUAAAAAUGGCCACCUGGACCUUUUUGUUCGCUUCCUUCAUGGCCUCUCUCUGGAGUCCAACCAGAGACUGUUGGGAGGCCUGCUGGGUCACACAGACAACAGUCCAGAAGUCAUCCAGAGAGCCAUCAACAACCUGAAGGAGAUGAGGACUGAGAAGAUCUCUCCUGACAGAAGCAUCAACAUCUUCCACUGUCUGACGGAGAUGAAUGACCUCUCAGUCCAUCAGGAGAUCCAAGAGUUCCUGAAGUUAGAGAACAGAUCAGAGGAGAUACUCUCUGAGAUCCAGUGCUCAGCUCUGUCCUACAUGCUGCAGAUGUCAGAGGAGGUUCUGGAUGAGUUGGACCUGGGCAACUACACAACAUCAUACGAGGGAAAACAGAGACUGAUUCCAGCUAUGAGGAACUGCAGGAAAGCUCGACUUUCUUGCGGUCGACUCUCUGAGACUCACUGUGAAGUCUUGGCCUCAGCUCUGAAGUCCAACCCCUCCCAUCUGAGAGAGCUGGUUCUGAGCUUCAACAUCGACCUUAAGGAUUCAGGAGUGAAGCGUCUGUGUGCUGGACUGGAGAGUCCAAACUGCAGACUGGAGACUCUGGGAUUGGAGAACUGCAGUUUGUCAGAGAUCAGCUGUGCUUCUCUGGCUUUAGCUCUGAAGUCCAACCCCUCCCAUCUGAGAGAGCUGGAGCUGAGCAGCAACAACCUGCAGGAUUCAGGAGUGAAGCUGCUGUGUGAUUUUCUGCAGAGUCCAAACUGCAGACUGGAGACUCUGGGAUUGGAGAGCUGCAGUUUGUCAGAGAUCAUCUGUACUUCUCUGGCUUUAGCUCUGAAGUCCAACCCCUCCCAUCUGAGAGAGCUGGACCUGAGCUGGAACAACGAGCUGCAGGAUUCAGGAGUGAAACUGCUGUGUGAUUUUCUGCAGAGUCCAAACUGCAGACUGGAGACUCUGGGAUUGAGGAGCUGCAGUUUGUCAGAGAUCAGCUGUGCUUCUCUGGCUUUAGCUCUGAAGUCCAACCCCUCCCACCCGAGAGAGCUGGACCUGAGCAGCAACAAGCUGCAAGAUUCAGGAGUGAAGCUGCUGUGUGAUUUUCUGCAAAGUCCAAACUGCAGACUGGAGACUCUGAGAUUGAGGAGCUGCAGUUUGUCAGAGAUCAGCUGUGCUUAUCUGGCUUUAGCUCUGAAGUCCAACCCCUCCUACCUGAGAGAGCUGGACCUGAGCAACAACAAGCUGCAGGAUUCAGGAGUGAAGCUGCUGUGUGAUUUUCUGCAUAGUCCAAACUGCAGACUGGAGACUCUGAGAUUGAGGAACUGCAGUUUGUCAGAGAUCAGCUGUGCUUCUCUGGCUUUAGCUCUGAAGUCCAACCCCUCCCAUCUGAGAGAGCUGGGCCUGAGCAGCAACAAGCUGCAGGAUUCAGGAGUGAAGCUGCUGUGUGAUUUUCUGCAGAGUCCAAACUGCAGACUGGAGACUCUGAGAUUGUUGAGCUGCAGUUUGUCAGAGAUCAGCUGUGCUUCUCUGGCCUCAGCCCUGAAGUCCAGCCCCUCCCAUCUGAGAGAGCUGGAGCUGUAUGGAAACAACCUGAAGGAUUCAGACGUGAAGCUGCUGUGUGAUCUGAAGGAGAGUCCACACUGCAGACUGGAGACUCUGGGCUGGUAGUGAUCUCCAGUAAAGUCCAGUCCAGCAUGGUCCCUGUGUUCCUCUGAUGUGACAGAGUAUCAUCAGAGGAUGUGGACUGCUCUGCUGCUGCUCUGUCCUUCUCUCUGCAGACACACUGAGACUCCUCCACCUCCGUCUGUUGUUUCAUUCAUUCAUAUAAUCUGAACUCUGAACUGAGUUCCUCUGCAGAUUAGUUCUCGUCAUGACAACGUGUCUCUACAUCAACACAUUUAGAUGCAUGUUUCUGCUUUGUGUUCUGUUACAGCUCCACCCUGUGGAAUAAAGGGGAAUUGUAGUUCAUUUCCUCUGAUGUGUAAAUAACCAAAGAAGUUGAUCUUACCUUAUUACUACCAAUAUCAGCCGUUUCUCAUAUUAUGACGGAUGAAUAUUUGCUUGUUGUAGAAGUUAAAACCUUUAAGGCUUCACUAAAGUUUUUCAAAUGAUAACUAACAGAUUAUGGUUAAUGUACUUGUCCUGUUACCAGACAAUACUUCAUAACUCUCGAGUUUUGAAAGAGUUUCCAAAGUCUUCAAAAUCUUAAGUAUCUCUUGAUAACAUGGGUGUAAAUAUUUGCUAUGAGAAUAUUUUUGUCUUGCUUUAAAUUGCAUUUUUUUUAUGAAAAUGUGGCUCAUUAAAGUUUUUAUCCAUUUUUUGUCAAGUCUUUCAGAAUUCUACAAAAAAAAUAAUUUAAUGGGUUAUAAACAUAGUUAGUUCUCACUUCCUGCUCCUAAAAACACAGCUAAGCUUCAUGAUAUGUAACAAAAGUCAUUAAUUUAGAAAAUAAAACAUUUCUCGCUAGAAAUGUGAUCAAAAUCAAUUUUUAUCCAGAAACUAAGUGAAAAUAUAGAUUUUUUUUUUCACUAAAAAUGAGAGAACUGUCCGCCAUGUUUUUUGUUCUGACUGCCGGGACCUUGAACGUCACGUGACUUGGAACAAACCAAUAGGAAAAAAUAUCCAUGGAAUAGCCACGGGAUAUGACUGUCGUUAACUUGCAUUGUAGCAAAGUCCGUGUCCGUUUCACGGAAAUUUGAGUGAUCCAGUGGCUAUUCCACGGAUUUUGAGUUAAGCAAAUCCGUGGCUAUUUCACAGAUUCCUGUGAGACCAGGUUCCAUAUAUCACAUCCUCCAAUGAGGGAAAUACUUCUCUCCCAUCCUCCGAAACAUCACAACACAUCCACAUGAGGCACUUCAGCACAUUAACACACAUAUUCUCUGACCUAUAGUGCUGAUUCAAGAACACACUCAUACAAACUGUGUGGUUGACAUUCCCAGGGUGCUCCAGUUGCUUUACAGUGUUGCCUGUCACAUCAGAUCUGCCUCCUGUUCAGGUUGAGAGCUGCCCACAGAGCAACCAGGCGUAAAAGGUCAUCACCACACACCAUUGAUCAAUAAUAAUUAAUUAAUGUCAUUGAAAGACGCAUAAAUCUUCAAUGAAGAGAGUCUUUGGACUCCAGAACAGUGGAGGUGCCAGCAGAAGUCCAUUGGAUUUAACUCUAUGGAGUUUUUUUCUCUUAUUUUGUCCAUUUUUUAAUCCUUUUCAUCCUGCCUGUAUACACUUUAAAAUGUUUAAAUGCCAUGUUGGUAUAUAUAUUUUUUCCACCUAUAUGACCUGAUAAUAAUUUAUUUUUUAUUCUGACUUACUGGAUUAAAACAUUUUGAACCAAAAAGAAACAAAGAAAAACCAACAUAAAUGUGAUCUUGUGAUUGUGUGUGAUCCUGUCAUCAACUCUGGUUUUUAUUCUAGUGGGACUCCAUUUUAUUUGUGCCUUGUGUGUUUAGCGUAACAAUUUUGGUCAUUUUGUGUCUUUUUUUGGUCAUUUUGUGUCUUUUUUGGUCAUUUUGUGUCUUUUUAGUCAUCUUGUGUCUUUUUUUGGUCAUUCUGUGUCUUUUGGUCAUUCUGAGUCUUUUUUGGUCAUUUUAUGUCUUUUUUAGUCCUUUAGUCCAACAUAAAUUGUGAUUUUGAAUCUUUUUUUUACUUCAAAACACUAUCAUGCUCAAUAAAGAAUUUUAAAUGUUGCAAAUGUGAACAAAUGUUGAAGAUCUGACAUAUAAGAGGGUUCCAUCCAGUUCUAUCAUUUUGUACUAAAUAUAUUUGAGCUUGUCUCCAGUUUUACUUGGUAUAUCAUCAUCAAACUGAAACUGACCUCAUGGAGUUUACAGCCAGAACUUUAGAGGUAAAUUUACAGUAGGGCUCCACGCUGCUUUGUUUUCUAGUCUGGAUGGAGUCAACAAGUCUGGAUUAUUUGGAGCUUUUGGAGACUCAACAACCUGCACAAAGAUUACAGAGGGUUAAAAGAAGAAUCACAGGAAGCUGUUAGAUCAGGGGUCUCAAACAUCAAAUUACCUGGGGGCUGCUGGAGGCAGUAUCAAAAUGACCAAAAAAAGACAAAAUUACUAAAAAAUAAAAAAAAAAAUAAAAAAAAAAUUACUUAAAAAAGACUAAAAUUGAAUUUAUUAGUUUGGAACUGAUCAUUCAGUUCUCACAAUCAAUAAAUAAAGAAUAAAUUGUAAACUUCCAUGACCGUAUUUGUCCCAGCCUCAUCCAUAACUUCUUCCUCCGUUUUGUGGCGAGUGGCAACAAAUGUUACGAAAAAAAAACGUAGGUGCUGAUUGGCCGAAGAGGUGCUAUGUGUAUCUGCGCUCGAUUGCUCUGCUUCAACUACCCAGAUGUUCGUCACAUAGACUGUAUAUAAAUAAUGGACGUAGUCACCGUGACAUCACUUGUUGGUUUGUGGCCCGUUGGAAGCCUCGAGUUCAGCGUUACACUUGUCUCCAUCUUGUUUCCUAUACAGGAAGCAUGACCAUAUUUGGACUGUGGAAGAGGAGAGGGAUCUGACCACUGACUACAGCCUCUCUACACCUCAACCUGACUGAGAGAAGCUGCUGCUAAUUCAUGUUAGCAUUGACUGGAGCAUUAACUGGGAUGUUAGUUUUGGUUAGCAAAAAAAACAACUAAAUGUUUGUUACUGACUCCUUGGAGUGUCUGUUUGUCCAACCAAACGCUGAACAAGACAUUUAAUGAACAAAGCGUUCAAAUAAACUGUCAUUAAGUGAAAAUACAGUGAAAGGCUCAAAGUUAUGAGACCAAACCGCUAAACAUCCUUUUUUCUAUCUAUAUAACGUUUUAUAUAACUUUAUUGACAUGUUGCCGUGGAUACGCAUUGUUCUGCUUCUCUCCUGAUGACGGCUCGCCUUGUUAGUGACCUGUCAAUCAAAGGUAGCCCCGCCCCAAAUCAUACGGUUCUUUAUGUUCUAUUUUCUUCUAAAUGGGGCCAUUAUUUACACUAUUAACAUCAGAUUGUCUUGAAGAAGAUUUUUUACUAGUGAUUGAGACCAUAGUGUUUUCCUAAAAAACAUUUCUGAGGUAAU